GUCACGGGGCGGGAGCUAGACAGCCGUCGCCCGGACGGUGCCAUGUCCAGCUCCGACGCCGAAGACGACUUUCUGGAGCCGGCCACUCCGACGGCCACGCAGGCGGGGCACGCGCUGCCCCUGAUGCCCCAGGAGAUGCAGUUUGAUAGAAACCAUAAUCUGCGAAAGACAUUAAGAAAAAAAGCUCAAGCAUUUUAGGGGAAACCUUAAGCUUCUUAGGGCACAUCUAUAUCAUCAUUUUCCUGGUUCUCAGCCAGCCUUGCCUCCAGAACCUUAGCUGGACUAAAGACUAACCUUCACACUUUGCAGAUGAAAUAGGAGAGGACUAGGUACCUGGAAACUUUAACACACAUCUACUGAGCUCUGCUAUGGCAGCCCUAUGAUUGGCGAACAUACUUUACCUGCCUGUAGGGGUUUGGGGCCUAGUGGAGUGUGUGUUGACAGAGGAAAAUAACUACCAAUGUAUUGUGCUAGGUGCUAUAAUAAAGUGUGGCACACCAUGAAGGCAUGAUGAAGGAAUAUGUCAUUAGAAUAUCUUGGGGGCAAGUAAGGGACAAAGUCACAGAGGAGGGGAACUUGAGUGGAAGCUUCUAGAAUUAGUGGAUGCUGCUAACCUAUAUGGUGCCUUGGUGUGAAUUAGAAACAGGGCACAUAGCUGGGUUAGAGAUCACUGUCAUCCAAUUUCCCUUAUACAGUAAACAACCUACACCACCACAUUGGGUGACUCUUUGUUUAAUGAGCAGAGGGAGAGUGGUAAGCACAUGCUGAGCAGAGAAGACAGCAAGGACAAAAAGGUGGUCAGUUCAGGAAGUGGAAGGAGAAUGAUGAAGGCUGGAAUCAUGUGACUUAAGAGCUAUCAGGGGAAGAAUGGGCAGAACUUGGCAAUUGAUGAGUAUGGGAGGAGGAAGGAGAGGGACGAUAAAGUGUUCAGUGGGUUCCUAGGGCUUGGGUGACUGAGCAAGUGGUUGGCACCAAACAGACCCAGGAAGACUGAAGAUGGAGCAGCCUGCCUCUCAUUCCCCUCUGCCUGCCUGAGAGCCGCAUGGUUCCUUUCCAGUUUCCUGAGGUUGUCCCCCUUAACAUUGGAGGAGCUCACUUCACUACACGCCUGUCAACCCUGAGGCGCUAUGAAGACACCAUGCUGGCAGCCAUGUUCAGUGGGCGGCAUUACAUCCCCACGGACUCUGAGGGCCGGUACUUCAUUGACCGAGAUGGUACACACUUUGGAGAUGUACUCAAUUUCCUGCGCUCAGGGGACCUGCCUCCCUGGGAGCGAGUGCGGGCUGUGUACAAAGAGGCCCAGUACUAUGCCAUCGGACCCCUUCUGGAACAGCUGGAGAACAUGCAGCCGCUGAAGGGGGAGAAGGUGCGCCAGGCGUUUCUGGGACUCAUGCCCUAUUACAAAGACCAUUUGGAGCGGAUUGUGGAGAUUGCCCGUCUGCGUGCGGUACAGCGGAAGGCCCGAUUUGCCAAGCUCAAGGUCUGUGUCUUCAAGGAGGAGAUGCCCAUCACCCCCUACGAAUGUCCACUCCUUAACUCUCUGCGCUUCGAGCGGAGUGAGAGUGAUGGGCAGCUCUUUGAGCACCACUGUGAAGUGGACGUGUCUUUCGGGCCCUGGGAGGCCGUGGCUGAUGUUUAUGACCUGCUGCACUGCCUGGUCACGGACCUCUCGGCCCAGGGUCUCACUGUGGACCACCAGUGCAUUGGGGUAUGUGACAAGCACCUUGUCAACCACUACUACUGCAAGCGCCCCAUCUAUGAGUUCAAGAUCACAUGGUGGUGAGUAGCCCUUAGGCAGCAGAGGCCUGUCAGGGAGGGUGUCCAUUCCCCUUGGUGGCUCUGGGAAUAAGAUCCCUGGAGGGGUGGCUGGCUGCCCCAGAGCUUGCUGAGGUGAGGACAGAGUCCUGAGGCACAGCUCCAAGGGGACAGAGGUCCAGUUGCAGUCUGCCAGCUGUACCUCAGGGUUAGGCCCAGGGCUUGUGGCCCACAGGGACAUGGGGCCUGUGCUCAAUUGGUCUUUCCUUGAGGCAUGGCCAUCUUUACUUGAGGCUGAUGGGGUCUAGUUAGAGCUUGACCAGAAAAUCCAGAGUAGAGCCAUUACCAAACUGAUGUAGGCGUAAUCACUUCCUUAGUUCUGUUCAAGCCCCCUUCCCUGUGCUCAGUAUAUUGGUAUGAACAUGGAAUAUGAUGGAUGGGGGAUUUUCCUGAGUAGCCAUCCACAGCCUCUGGCAGAAGAAAAAAGUUCUCUCCCAGUGCACCCUUUCUCCUCCAAGGAUGGUCCACCACAUUCUUAGGAUGUGGAAAGAUAUCUUUUCCUCUUGGAACAUGUUUUUCACCACCUUUUGGGGAUUUAACCGUAGUUGCCAAAGCCAUGUACCAGGUUGGCCUUAGAAAACCACAAUGUUUACAGCCCCGUCUUAGGGCCACAGCUCCCUUGCUUGCAGGGUAUCUUCUCACAGGUCUAGAAUGCAAAUUUCCAAGGCUCCUUUUGAAGAUUCCCUAAGUCAAACAGGCAAGAUGCCUCCAUCUUUUACCUUUGAAAUGUAACAUCCUUUCUAGAGGCGCAAAACACUUUCUUGGCUGCUAUUUCAUGUGUUAGAAUCCAAUUUGUGGUGAACCUCAUUGGAAGGGGACCCUCUUUUUAACCCCCAUUGCUUUAUCCUGCUAACAUUCUCCUUCUAGGAGAGUGCUUACCCUGGGAAAGUAAAGGAAGGGCUGGCUGAGAGGCACAGCUAUCGUAGGGCUGUAGGAAGACCGCAGCAAACCUCCGUUAUAUUUUACUCCCCACAUUUCAGAAAAUGAAAAAGAUCCACAAAGAUCUGUUCCCACUGCAUUUCCUUCUUGUUCUGUCUGCAUCCUGGGCCAACUAAUCAGGGUAUGGACCUGCAUCUCCUAAAGGAAGAGCUAUGCAACACCACUGACCACAACAUCAUAUUUGUGGGCUGCAUUAAGGGUAUCUCUCUAUAAUUAGAAUUCCUGGGUAUUCUUGAAAGGAGAUUUUUUUUCUAUGUAAAGAAUUAGUGAGAGCUGGGCGUGGUGGCUUGUGCCUGUAGUCCCACCUACUCAGGAGGCUGAGGCAAGCUGAUCACUUGAGCCCAGGAAUUUGAGGUUACAUAGUGUACUGUUUGAGGCUGUGGUAUGCUAUAAUUGUGGCUAUGAAUAGCCACUGCACUCCAGCCUGGGUAACAUAGUGAGACCCCAUCUAUUAAAAAGAGAGAGAGAUAGAUGAGGACAGAUUCAUGGGUCUCUGAUCUUCAGGACCAGAUAGGUGAGGUAGGGGCAAGGAGUUUGCUGAACACAUCUUUGUCUAUUUGAGGAAGAGACGGCCAGGCCCUGAGACCUUGGCUGAAUUUCUCCAUUGACUGAAGGAUGGGGAGUCACUGCCCUCUGAGUGGAAACAGAGUCUAGGGUUUGGUUUUGCACUUAUGUUACACUUUCAUGGGUAGAACAGAGUGGUGGCUGAGGUCUAAGAGGACAGUCAUUCAUGUUCUAUAAUACGUACUCUCUCUGUCAUUCUCCCAUACAAAUAAAUGGGCUCUCUUCUGGUCCUAUAGACCCUGCCUGGAGCUUAGUCCAACAGCUUGGCUCUUGCCUUAUUCUAACAGAAAAGCCUUUCAUUUAAGUUGUUGUGAUUGAUGUUACCUACUGCCUAACAUGUGUUCAUUUUUGACAGCUAAUGAGGCAAACUAUUGAGGAGGAAGUGCGUGUGCGUAGAGAGCGGAUUAUUAAGCCCAGCACUUUCAGUGAUCUGGCCUCAACCCCUUCUCCUCACCCCUGCUAUGGAACAUCACAGCCUCUGCUUGUUUAGAGUCCAUACCUUAAACAGGGAGAAACUUAUUUGCUCAAAUGCAAGUCUGCUCAUGAACAGGUCUUGAAGGCUUGCCUGGGGUUACUGGGAUGCUGUAGGAUUCAAUAUGACACUGUCCCUGUGCCUCUUGCUGGAGACAACUGUGUUUCUCUGUUCCUGGGUGUUGGCCUCACAGUGGUGUGUUCUGUGCCACUGUGGGAGACAAGGCUCUGGGCCAGUAGAGCAGGCAGAGAAAGAACACCGGACAGCCAGCUUAGAGCUCUUUCUGAACGGAGUAAAAACAUUCAGUGGCCUAGUUUGGCCAUUCACUGAUGAGAAGCCAAGGACGGGUUGAAAAGUGCAAUUGGUGGUUUGUGGUAAUGGCCUUCAAAUAAAGGGGUCAUCCCCAUGGAAGUAGCUUCUCCCACUCUGAUCCCUUUCCAGCUCUGAAUUUCCAGGCCCAGAGCAUCAGAAAGGUUGUGUAUGGAAGGAAGGCUCCAAAGGAUGAACACUUCUUCCUGAUUAAAAGGAAGUAUAUUUUUCAUAGAGUUGUUAUGGAUAAUGACAAUAAAUGCCUCUCAUCUUGACAAGGGGCUAGAUGUAUUUUGCUUUGAGUCAGACCAGUAGUUAUUGAUCACACCAAAAUGCAUGUCUUUGGAGCUUCCUAUUCAUUUGACCUUUUCCCCUGGCACCAUGCUCACUGGUUGGGAAGGUAAAAGUUUUAGGAGAUAGGACCACAUGAUGUAAUGCUAGGCAUAACAAAAUUCAAUAAAAAUAAAUAACUUAAUAGUAACUCAUAAGACUGAAACAAAACUAUUCUGAAACAUGUCCCAUUCCAGGGAGAGGAAUUCUCUUGGUGAUGCUCUAAAUAGAAGAAAGCCAUUGUCAUCCUCCUUACUCUACCUCUACCUUAUUCGCUAGGUAUACCAUGCAGAAAGCAGACAGCUGUGUUCUGGAAGUUUCUAUUCUUUUUUUCCUAGAGCUCAGGGUAUACUUGCAGUUGUCUGAGCCUUGUGCCUCCGGCUAAGUGAUACAAUCUUCCUGUUCCAUAUUGCUCACUGGAGGUGUAGGAAAUAGAUAUUUGCAAGACAUGGAGUGGGGUGGACAUCUGUGAUGUGAUCUAGGUCUGGGCUGGAUCCUACAGAAGUUAAGACAAACAGCUAUAACAAAAGAAAUACUACUCAUGCAGAGCGUUUGAUCCCAGUAAGAAUUUCAAAUAUUGUUGUUCCGCAUACCUUCUGUCCAUAUUUGAUUCUAAUAUAAGUGAUUAAGCUUUCUUGGGUGCUGUUUUGCUGGGGGUCUUGGUGGGGCUCUUGCAUGAAGAACCUGUCUCAUGGUCCUUAAAGGAGAGAGGCUUUCUUCAUCUGAAGCUGGAGUGUUAGAAACCCGAGUGGGAGAGUCACUUCCUGGAAUUCUGGACAAAGCACAUAUGUGUGUAUAUAUUGGGUGUUGUAAUAUUAAUUGGGGGUUGGAGGUGGAAAUGAAAAUUGGGUGUAGAAAUAGCAGUCACUGCUGGAGUGUGGGAGGUCACCUGGGUCCGUUGUCUUCCUUCUGUACAGUGUUGGUUUCUGUACACAAUAUAAUACUUCCUGUGUUGGUUCAUGUACCUGUCUGUGAGCCCUUUUGCACGUGAAACCUCAGUACCCUCAGAGGGCAUUAAAGUCAAGAACUAGAACCUUGGUGCUGUGCUUUUCUUUUUUGGAGACUUGCUCUGCCCCCCAUUUUGCCAGCAAAUAUGUUUUAAUUUCUGCUUAAAAUGUGAUAUGUUUGAGGAGGUCACACUAAAUAUAACAGGCUCUUACCUGAGACCAGCAGCUGAACUUCUGCCCUAACUUGAUAUUAAAGAGAGGUGGGCCCCGUGAAGACCCUUCUGGGGUUACUCUAGCCUUGUCUUUGUUUCAGGUAGGAGUAUGCCCACCCCAGCCUAGACAAACAACUCUGGCCUCUUCUGUUAAGAGUUCUCUGAGAGAAGGGACCACAAUUGCACAGUCACUUGUGUGGCUCAC